UAAAAUGAAAACAACACUAUCACGCCUUUCUCGCACCCCUUCCAUCUGAAUUUGGAAUAAACAGUUUUCCAAACACUGUUGAAAUUGGUAUCACCACCCAAACCACGAAAUUACAGCUUUCCUGAAUGCAAGUAAAUGGUGUCCGAUAUACGCGGAAAUGACAGCUACCCGAUAGUCGGUUUUGAGAUAGACAAAUGCCUAACCAAAAGAACAAGAAAGGGAGCGGGAGGCGAAACAAACGCACAAACAGCAGCGGUGAUGAACAAGAAAAUGUACCCACUGCAGCCGGGGAAGGCCAAUGCGGUGCAACAUCUUUAUUAGGAGCCACCAUGGGACCAGGCGAAGUGAAGAGGGGAGAGGCCCUAUGUGCCACGCCGCUUGUGUGCGGUUUUGGACGGCCCAUCAACCUGGAGGCAGAUGACUACCAGAGAGUCCUCUGCAACAGUGAGGUCUGUCCUCACGGCACCUGGAUGCACCUGCAGUGCUUUUACGAGUGGGAGAGCAGCAUCUUGGUGCAGUUCAACUGCAUAGGCCGGGCUCGGAGCUGGAACGAGAAACAGUGCCGGCAGAACAUGUGGACUAAGAAAGGUUACGACCUGGCCUUCCGAUUUUGCUCGUGUCGCUGCGGUCAAGGUCAUUUGAAAAAAGACACAGACUGGUAUCAGGUCAGACGCGUGCAAGACGAGAAGAAGAAGAAACUGGUGUUGGAGAAAAGUGCUGGAAAGCUCGUUCACCCGUGUUCAGGGGGAGCGGCGGGUGGUGCUGGUGGUGGUGGUGAGGCCCAGGAAGACCUGAGGAGAUGGAAACAACCGGGAAGCAGCAAGUUGCCCCCUCGGCACGAGACCUCCCAUCAACACUCCUUUGACAGACAAACCCCUCAGGAGAGAGGAGGUCAUGGGAUCCCACCCUGUACAAGUGGCCUCACGUCUCAAUCCACCAGCCAGGCUCUGUCUCCGGGUGCUUCUUUCCUAACGCAGAACAGUCUCCUGGGACCUCGUAGUUCUCGACACUUGGGCGAGUUCUUGAAGAAUGCCAUCCAGGUGGAGAACCACGCUCACAGGAAGAAUGUGGUGAUGUGUGGCGUUUCUGGCCGAGGUCUUCGCAUAGAGCACCUGGGCCAUCUCCCACUGUCACACCUGGCAACUGGGGAGAGCCCCGUCCGCUUUCUCCGCAGGAUGGAUCUGUCCGAGCUGCUCACGCACGUCCCCCGCCACAAGAUGAACACUUACCACGUCCGAAUGGAGGACGACAUCCACGUGGGGCAGGGAGAGGACCUCAGGAAGUUCAUUCUGUCCGCGCUCAGCGCUUGCCACCGCAACGUCGUCAACUGCGCUCUGUGCCAGCGCACCCUCCCCAUCUUCGAACAAUUUCCACUUGUGGAUGGAACUCUCUUUCUCAGCCCCUCCAGGCACAAGGAAAUUGAAUACGAUGUGCCGUGCCAUCUGCAAGGUGGGAGGCUGAUGCACCUGUAUGCCGUAUGUGUGGACUGUUUGGAAGGCGUCCACAAAAUUGUGUGUAUAAAGUGCAAAUCGAGAUGGGAUGGCAGCUGGCACCAGCUGGGAACUUUGUACACAUAUGAUAUAUUGGCAGCAUCACCAUGUUGUCAGGCUCGCCUGAACUGCAAGCAUUGUGGAAAGCCAGUCGUUGAUGUUCGGGUUGGGAUGCAGUAUUUCUCUGAAUAUAGUAAUGUCCAACAAUGCCCACAUUGCGGAAACAUGGAUUAUCAUUUUGUUAAGCCAUUUUCAUCUUUCAAGGUUCUGGAAGCUUAUUGACAAAGCUAGCUACAUAUCCUAGUAUUAUUUCUAUAUUUUUACGUUUUUCUAUGCAUUUUACAUGGCUUGUAUCAGCAGGUUUAUGCAUACACAGUGUAUUAUUGCGUCAAUUUUAAAUUAUUUAUGUAAUGGAACACACCAUUUUUUCAAGAUGUAAGUGGAUUUGCCACCUCCCUAAAACUGUGACAGUUUGGCCUCAUGCUCCUGUCUUGAUGCAUGACAUGUCAAAUUUUGACUGCGUAUACUGUUCAGAGCUUACACUGAAAACAAAAUUGGGAAACUUGGGAAAUCAUGACCGUUGUGUAAGCCAAUAUCUUAAUUGGAAAUAAUGGAAACACUCAGACUGUCUCGGUUGCCGUACGCCAAACAAGUGCAUACAGUAAUGCGCACAGAAACAAUACAGUGACAUGUUCAUAUACAGUAAGUUCAAAAUUAUGUAACCUGGAUUUAGCAAGUGUUUUACACCGUUUCGUUUUUAUUCUUAUAUCCAAUCAUGUAGAACACUCUUACCAGUAAAAAUUGUUUGCAGUCAACACUGGGAGAAAAAUGUACCAGUUCAAAUAAAAUGUGCAGGCAAAUGAAUGUAUCAAAAUAAUAUAAUGUCUCCUCUUGUUUCUUGUUUCAUCUUAAAAUGCUACAGGCUCACAACUGGAAACUGAACACAAAGAAGUUUGUGUCAAUAUACAGUACGCAUAGCCAGGUCCGCUGACAGCUUUUGCUGGGCCCAGGACAAAGUAAUCUGAAAGGCCUCCCAUACAAUACAUACAGUACAAUGCAAUGGACACAAUUUUGCACCCCCCUCUAUACCUGGGCCCGGGACAAAUGACCCCUUUGCCCUUUUUCACAUGGGGAAGCUGUGAGCAUACAGGCAGGUAAAAUGUCCCACAUGAACGGAGGUGAUUUUAGUUAUUUUGUGCUCAAAGACACUAACUGGGCAAGGUGUCACAAUUUAUUGUUCCGUAACCAUACAGAAAAAAAGUCAUUGGAGAGUUGAUGCACUCAGGG